AAAUUAAGGCAUAAUAUCAUCGAACCAAAUAUAAACCAUGGAGUUAUUUUUCAUUGUCGGAGCAGUCACAAUUGUCUUAAUCCUUAUUUCCUAUUAUGCAUUCUCUUCUUCAAUUUUCCUCAAUCCCAAAUCCUGCUCAAGAAACCGGCGGCCGCCGGAAGCCGGCGGCGCGUGGCCCAUCACGGGCCAUCUGCACAUCAUGAACAACGGAUCACCCGACAAGCUCCCGCACCUAACCUUAACGGCCAUGGCCGAAUCGUACGGUCCGAUCUUCGAAAUCCGGCUCGGCGCCAGGCGAGCCGUCAUCGUCAGCGGCUUGGAAUUGGUAAAGGAAAUAUACACCACGUGUGACGUGGCGGCGGCGUCCCGACCGAGAAUCAUGUCGGCAGAAAUCCUCGGCUUCAACUCGGCAAUGUUCGGCUUCAGCCAAUACGGCCCGUAUUGGCGCGAGCUGCGGAAGCUGAUCGCAGUCGAUCUCCUGUCCAGCCGCGGGCUCCACAUACAGCGGCACGUGCUCGUGUCCGAGACUGCGCAGUCUGUCCGAGAACUGUACGGUCUUUGGAACGAGAGGAAGAACGCGUCGGGAAGUGCUCCGGUGGAGAUUAGGGAUUGGGUCGGGAAUCUGAAUCUGAACGCAGUUUUGAGGAUUGUUGUCGGGAAGAGAUAUUUCGUCUCCGGCGGUGACAUAGCCGAGGCGAGACAUUGCCGGAAAGUGCUGAGGACAUUCUUUUACCUCAUCGGAGUUCUGACGAUCGGAGAUGUCCUGCCGUAUCUCCGGUGGCUCGACCUCGGCGGAUUCCGGAAGAAGAUGAAGGAGACGUCCCGGGAAUUGGAUACACUCGCCGCGAAAUGGUUGUCAGAACAUCGCGCCACCGCCGCCGCCGAUGGCAAGCAAGAGGAUUUCAUGGAUGUAAUGAUUGGAGUCGUCAAAAGUGCAAAGCUUGGAAGCGAGUACGAUGAAGACACCAUAAUCAAAGCCACUUGCUCGAAUUUGAUUUCGGGAAGUGACACGAACACAGUGAUGUUAGUAUGGUCGCUGUCUCUAUUACUGAACAAUCCAAAAGAGCUAAAGAAAGCCCAGCAAGAACUCGACGAGAAAGUCGGGAGAGAGCGGCGCGUGGAGCUGUCGGACAUGAGCAACCUCGUAUACCUCGAAGCCAUAGUGAAAGAGUGUCUCCGGCUGUACCCGGCGGCGCCGUUGAGUGCGGUACGAGAAUUCAGUGAGGACUGCAACGUGGGAGGCUACGAAAUAGAGAAAGGCACGAUGCUCUUCGUCAACAUAUGGAAGUUGCAGAGGGACCCGCAGCUUUGGGAGGAGCCCGACAAGUUCUUGCCGGAGAGGUUUCUUACCACCGCCGGCCAUAGGGAUUUCCAGUGGAUCCCGUUCGGCGGCGGCCGGAGAAUCUGCCCCGGUGUGAAUUUGGCGUUGGAGAUGAUGAAGCUGGUGAUUGCCAAUUUGGUGCAAGGAUUUGACAUUUCGACGCUGGACGAUGAACCCGUUGACAUGGCUGGGAGUUUUGGGUUGACCAUAUCCAAAGCCGGCCCAUUGAAUGUUCUUGUUUCCCCUAGACUGCCUGCUUCUCUUUACUAAAUAUCGUAUGUAUAUUGUGAAAAUUGAAUAAAUUGUUACUUUUUCCCCAUUGAAAAUUAAAUCAAAUAAAGCAAUUUUGGCUGCAAAAAAUAAUAAUAGACAUAUUUACAAUAUA